GCUGUGGGGCAUAAUAAACUAGCUCCUGUAGUUUCAUUGACUGAAACCAUUUUUUUUUUACCUUUUUACUUCAUAAAAAUGUCGGUUAUUUGUGUCGCUCUGUCCCGGAAUGUCUUGUCUGCGAGGAACUCUGGCAUGACGCUGAUGGUACGUCACGCCCAGACGGCGGCGGCCCCGGCUCCUGAGCCCAGGAUCAAGAAGUUCCAGAUCUACCGCUGGGAUCCGGACACAGCCGGGGACAAGCCCAGGAUGCAGACGUAUGAACUGGACCUCAACACCUGUGGUCCCAUGGUCCUGGACGCUCUCAUCAAGAUCAAGAACGAGCUUGACCCCACGCUGACCUUCCGACGUUCCUGUCGCGAGGGGAUUUGUGGCUCCUGUGCCAUGAACAUCAACGGCGGCAACACUCUGGCGUGCCUCAACAAGAUCGACGGCAACGCCAGCAAGGCCACCAAGAUCUACCCGCUCCCACACAUGUACGUGGUCAAGGACCUGGUGCCUGAUAUGAGCAACUUCUACGCACAGUACAAGUCCAUCGAGCCCUACCUGAAGAAGAAGGACGAGUCCAAAGAGGGGAAGGACCAGUAUUACCAGUCUGUGGAGGACAGACAAAAGCUGGACGGCUUGUACGAGUGCAUCCUGUGUGCUUGCUGCAGCACCAGCUGUCCCAGUUACUGGUGGAAUGGUGACAAAUACCUGGGACCUGCUGUUCUCAUGCAGGCGUACCGCUGGAUGAUCGACUCCCGGGACGAGUUCACAGAGGAGCGUCUGUCUAAGCUGCAGGACCCCUUCUCCCUCUACCGCUGCCACACCAUCAUGAACUGCACCAAGACCUGCCCCAAGGGACUCAAUCCGGGGAAGGCCAUCGCAGAGAUCAAGAAAAUGAUGGCCACUUACAAGGAGAAGAAAGCUGCGGUGUCGUGAGAGCCGGACCAAAACCGAAGCACUUCUUUUAUCUUUGCCAGAUUCAUUUUCACAUCUCGGGGGCCGAGAUCAAAGCUGCAGGGCCAACUUUCAACCUCUCCUGUCAAAUAAUAAUAACACAUCAUCCAAAAGCCUCCAUGAUAGCGAAGGAUAACCCACACAAGAUGGCGGAAGUAGCUGAGUGCAGAUGCCUCCAAAGUCUGGGGUCAUAGUGGAGCAUGGAUUUUUCAUUAGCUCUCUACACCAAUCGACAUAAGUUUGGCUUGCACUACACGUCAUUUGUGUCCGCGUGUGAUGAAAUAUAACCACAUUUUCACAGUAGGUACCUCAAUUUUUUCAUUUAGGGUAGUGUAAAACACCGCAGACUGCUCGGCAGUUGAUCACAUUUAGACAAACCAUUUACUCUACACUCCAUCAUAUCUAUGGACAAUUUAAUUCAAGCCAGUGCCUCUCAAUUAUUUCCUGAAGAAGAAAGCAUUUUGCCCCUCCCCCCACUCUCUGCCCCGACUAUAAACAGUAUAAUUUGUCUAUGAAAUGGUUAUAAGUACACCUCUGCUUAACAUUGUAUCCUUUUUAACAUCAAAUUUCAUCAAAGAAUAACUUUAUUAAUACUGUUUUUUUUUUAUUCAAAGUGCAACAAUUGGCCUGAAAUUAUACAACCUAUAAUUUACAUUUUUUUAAAUUUUUCGACCAACUUUGAAAACACAAAAAUAAAAUGAAAUGAACUCAAUAAAUACUACAUUCAAAUUAAUUAGCAACAUAACCCCAGGAGCACAUUAUAUUAAACACUUAAAUCUAAAAUAGAACAAUUUGCUGAUUUUUAAUAAUCAAAAUGAGGAAGUCCGGAUUAAUGGCGGCGGGGAGCACGUUUUGUAGUGCACAGCUUUUCGAAGGGGGGUUUGAAGGAUUCUACCGCAUGAUACUGAUGAAGCAUGUUCCCCAGGAGCUUUGAGAAGAACUGAAUGAACCUAUCAUGCAAAUCCAAACCAGCAAAGGUACACACAAACUCCACACAAAAACUGGAACAGUUCUACCAUAUAAGUAAACGUAAUUAUGCUGUAAAUAAUUACAUCAUAUAUGUACUCAUUAAAUGUGUUCUGUCAUUACUCUACUAUAUUUAUGUUUCCUUAUUUUGGUCACAACAAAAAAUUUAAUAGAGCCACAUUAAGUCUUUGCUCCACAGUAAGUCUUUGCUCCACAGUAAGUCUUUGCUCCACAGUAAGUCUUUGCUCCACAGUAAGUCUUUGCUGUCGUCCAGCAUUCUGUUUUUGUUUACUUUGUAGCCAGUUCAGUUUUAGUUUCGUUUUGCAUAGCCUUCCCUAAGCUUCAAUGCCUUUUCUCAGGGGCACUCACCUUUUGUUUAUUUUUGGUUUAAGCAUAAGACACCUUUUUACCUGCACACUGCCUCUCUGUUUCUGACAUCUACAAAGCAAUUAGCUACCUGCUGCCACCUACUGGUAUGGAAGAGUAUUACACGGUUACUCUGCCGAGCUCUAGACAGCACCGACACUCAACAACAACACAUCAUUUGCAAACUAUAAUUACUGGUUUGCAAAAAAUAGCCCACAACCUAUGUAACCUAACUCAGUGUUUUUCAACCUUUUUUGAGCCAAGGCACAUUUUUUGCGUUGAAAAAAUCCGGAGGCACACCACCAGUAGAAAUCACAAAAAAACGAAACUCAGUUGACAGUAAAAACUCAUUAUCGCAAUUGUUGGACAUGACUUUAAACCAUAACCAACCAUGGAUCACUAUAGCUCUUGUCUCAAAGUAGGUGUACUGUCACCACCUGUCACAUCACGCCCUGACUUAUUUGGAGUUUUUUGCGGUUUUCCUGUGUGUAGUGUUUUAGUUCUUGUCUUGGGCUCCUAUUUUGGUGGCUUUUCCUCUUUUUUUGAUAUUUUCCUGUAGCAGUUUCAUGUUUUCCUUUGAGCGAUGUUUCCCGCAUCUACUUUGUUUUAGCAAUCAAGAAUAUUUCAGUUGUUUUUAUCCUUCUUUGUGGGUACAUUGUUGAUUGUCAUGUCAUGUUUGGAUGUACAUUGUGGACGCCGUCUUUGCGCCACAUUAAGUCUUUGCUCCACAGUAAGUCUUUGCUCCACAGUAAGUCUUUGCUGUCGUCCAGCAUUCUGUUUUUGUUUACUUUGUAGCCAGUUCAGUUUUAGUUUCGUUUUGCAUAGCCUUCCCUAAGCUUCAAUGCCUUUUCUCAGGGGCACUCACCUUUUGUUUAUUUUUGGUUUAAGCAUUAGACACCUUUUUACCUGCACACUGCCUCUCUGUUUCUGACAUCUACAAAGCAAUUAGCUACCUGCUGCCACCUACUGGUAUGGAAGAGUAUUACACGGUUACUCUGCUGAGCUCUAGACAGCACCGACACUCAACAACAACACAUCAUUUGCAAACUAUAAUUACUGGUUUGCAAAAAAUAUUUUUAACCCAAAUAGGUGAAUUUAGAUAAUCUCCCACGGCACACCAGACUGUAUCUCACAGCACACUAGUGUGCCGCGGCACAGUGGUUGAAAAACACUGACCUGAUUUACUUUGGUACAUUUUAUGUAGUAAUGAAACAUGUUAUACAAAUAUUAACAAUAUAUUUUUUUUUAAUUAAGCACUUUCAAUACAUUUCAAUAUUUUCAAAUAUCUACCAAUCGUCUGUAUACAAAUAGUUCAUACAAAAAAAUGGGCUAAUCCAUUCAUCCAUCCAUCCAUUUCUACCGCCUGUCCCUUCCGGGGUCGCAGGGGGUGCUAAUCAGUGUAAAUACCUCCAUUAAGUGUAAUAUUUUAAGGGCUUUUCUAUUUUAACUAUUAUCCAAGAGCUAAUUAAAUAAAUUAACUAAUUGUGCUAUUGUGCUAACACGCAUUUUUGGUUACCGUAAACCAGGGGUCACCAACGCGGUGUUUUUUGGCAUCAUUAUCGUUUUCAACCAUGUAACUUUCUAAAGUUAGAAAAUACUGAAUAAAUGUUUUAAAGAA